UUAUAAAUAUCUAUAGAAAAGGAAACAUGAAUGCUGAGAACAAAGAAAAAAUUGAUACUAUGAAUAAUAUGAAAGUAGUUGAAGGUUUUUCUGAGGCUGUACCUCAGCUGUUCAUCCAAAUGACUGCUUGGAGAAUCGGCAUUCUUGAAGAAGACUUUGGAAUUAUAUUUAACUAUGUGAAGAUGAUAUUCAGCUGUGGCUCAGCCUCGUUCGCCCUUCUGUCUCGCUUCCUUGAGGAAAUCCGCGAGGGAAUGAGUUAUAUUCUUCAAAUAGUUUCUGUAGUCCUAGUGGCAAUGAUAUUAGGGUCGCGAGUCUUCGUGUGUGCGUCUCUGUUUUCCCUCGAUGGUCCCCUGCGCUACACAGGCUUCCUUCCUCCAGCGCUCAGUUUCUUCCUCGCAUGGGUCACCGACUGUGUGUUCAGGAAGGAAGAAGUGUCUCUCUUCAGAGCAUACAUAAAAGCUACCCUUCUGCCUCCUCAGGACAAGGCUGGCGUCGUGGCCUCCCUGGUGUACUGUGCUUUUGGGUUAGUCUUCUGGCUGCUCACUAUGUCUCAACCCUUGAAUGUUUUUGUCUUUGUGGGCGUGACCGUCGCUCAUAUCCUUGGAGGAAUUGGGUGGAUGAUACUAACACAAAACGGACAUAAGUUUUGUAUGGAGAAGAAAUGUUCCUGCCUGACGUAAUAUUCUUCUGCCCAGUGGGUAUGUGCUUCCCUAGU